AUGACUGCAAGAGAGUGCUCAUCAAAAGGUGGCUCCGCAAACGGCUAUUGCGCCAACGGAUUCGGACUGUGCUGUAUAUUCAUGACGUCUUGCGGCAGCACCACCGCAGAGAAUGGAACGUACUUCGUAAACUCUGGAUAUCCUGAACCUUACGACGGCAUCGGAUCUUGUGAGCUGACGAUAAUAAAGUCCCAUCCGGACGUAUGCCAGAUAAGGUUAGAUUUCAUCCGUUUUACUAUUGCGGGUCCUGAACAAAUGAAUCACGUGUGCAACCAAGACCAGUUCAUUGUCUCGGGGGGCAAUCCCGUGCCAGCUAUUUGCGUGUACAUUGAUGCUGGCAUCGGUACCACGAACCCGGUAAAGUUGACUUUCGUGACAAGUGGAAAUCCUUUUGCAAGGCUUUGGAAGGUUAAAGUGACACAAAUCAAUUGCAAUACAAUAUACAAAGCCGAUGAAGGGUGCCUUCAGUAUUACACGGGAGUCUCUGGCCAGCUACGGUCUUUUAACUAUGAUCCGGCGACGGGCCUGCAGCUCAGCAACCAAGACUAUGGCAUUUGCAUUAGAAUGGAGAGAAAUUUUUGCGGUGUUCAAUACACAGCCUGCACAGACACGGUGAACAAUCGUUCCCGCGCAUUUACAUUGAGCGGGAACAGUAACACGCCAGUCAACUCCAUGAUCGGCUCCGGUGCGGGCCCGAAUAACUGUGCAAACGACUGGCUCCUCGUUCCGUGUGCUGCCAAUGUGGGACGUCUGCAGCCCGCCCAAGCCCUUUGCACGGAUAGAAUCUGCGGCGGAUCCUUCUCGGCUGACCUCUCAAUGCAAGCAGCCACCGUCCUGAGCACAGUAAAGCCAUUCCGUUUGUGGUUCCACACAGACAAUGUUGAAGCACCCGUAGAUGUCGGCAACAGAGGCUUCUGUUUAAACUACAUACAGCAGCCAUGUACUAAUAACGUUAUU